CGUCCGCUGGCAGCCAGUCCAAAGGCCAGAUGUGACGGCGGCUCUAGUCGCACGCGUGCGAGAGAGACGAUCACGACACGACACGGCGCGAGGUACUCCCGCGUUCCAGCAAAAACGCCCAGGACGCGCGUAUCGACCACCUCUCUCUUUCGAUAUCGUACAUGGUUUCGCACACCGAUCGCACCCAUUAGAUCCGUUUUCCCGUUCUCUCUUGUGAAUUCGUGCUCGCGAGGAAGCUUCGUCCAGAGGUAGUCGAGCAUCGGCGACCAGGAGGCGCGUUCGUCCUGCUCGAAGGAGAGAAAGGACGACGAACUCGGUCGCAGGACGUCGGGAACCUUUCCCUGGAAUACUCGGUUGGUCCUCGGUGAUUAAUCGUCGCACGAAGCACGAGAAAAGGGGUGAUCGCGGUGCCUUUCUUGUGGAAUACGUGCUCGUCUCGAAAUCACCAGCCAGUUGACGGGAGUGGUGGUAACGAGGGAAGGAAGUGGAGCUCCUAGGUGCAAUUUCGUUUAGAGAUCUAGGAGAUUGACCUUCGAUUCGCUCGAAGGGAGUGUAUUUUGUUGUCUCGGAGUGGUUACGAAGAAAGGAGACACCCCCCACGAAACAUGUCCGGAAUCCAAAUCAACGUGGAAGAAGUGCCCAACGAAGAACGCGAGGAUUCCGUUCGAAACAUCGAGGCGACGGCGACUACGACCGCGGUAGCUGGUAGCCCGCUUUCCUGGCACAUUCCAAGGCCGUCCUUGGUCGGCCGAAGCGAGAGGGACAGCGAAAAUGGUAGCUGGGCUCAUCAUCUGCAUCCGAACUCUCCCUCGAGAGGAUCCACGUCGUCGCAAGGAUCUACCGCCAGCACACACAGUGCCGCGUCGGGCACGUUGUUAUUGACAGCAGCGAAUCUGGCUAAUCUCGCGGCUAUUCAUCCGCCCACGGUUACGGCGCCGAAGCAGAUGGACACCGCUUCGGUCGCGAGCAGCACUCAUUUCACUGUCGUCAACGGUCUAGGUAGACCUACCACCGUCUACAGGAAGUCCUGUUGCGCGAGACACCAACUCACCGUGCUCGUCUGCACGAUGAGCUUCCUAUUCAUGGUCGGCCUGCUGCUCGGAAUCCUCUACAUGGAAAUGAGAAUUCUUGACAAGUACCAUUAAAGGCCGGACACGACGGAGCAGUGGAGUGAGCAUGGACAAUCAUCCAGAUUCAAUUCAAUUGAAGAGGACGAAAUCGUUCGUUCGAAGAAACUUACGUCGAAGACAUUAGUUUCCUUGUUCACGACCGACCGCGUUAUUCGUAUUUAUAAUGUACAUGUAUAUUAUCACUUAGAACGUUAGGGCGAUUCGAUUAGACGUUCUCGAUCAGAGACAAAGUUUCAAAGGCUGUAUUGCACCGUGUUCGACGUGCGGUACGUGAAAACUCAGUAAUUACAUUCAAGUAAUAAGCUAGUUUUAGGUAAGCGCGGAAUAGGUAGCUAAACGCGAUCCUUAACUCGUUGGAGCGCUCGAAUAUUCUAGCCGAGGGUUUGAACCAGAAAUGGACAAUUAUGCGAAACGAACAAGUGGAGUACACUCGUGGCCACUGAUGAGUAGUCAAUUUCUCGAUUAAAGAAUUUGGAAAUUUCAAUCCCUUUAAUAAUAUGAAAACUUAAACUCAAUGUACACUUGGUCUGUCCAUCGCUGGUUUAUGCAACCCUCUACAUUCAACAACUAUCGUAGAACCCUUCUUUCCCCUUCAUUUUCUUUUCUAUUAAGAGGGACGGCGACAUGAUACAUAAAUGGACUUUGCUUAUUCCAUAGGAGUUUCUCCUAAUUCUCGAUCGAUUUCUGCUAUCAGAAAUCCCGUCGAUGCUGCUCAAACUGAUCACAGAGAAUCAUCGAAAUAUUCGUAACACUGUGACGCUUUAGGGUAGUUAACAAUGUCGUCGUCCAACGAAAUGUUCGCAAGUCAUACAGACACAUAUUUCUUCGAUUAACGUUGACGGACAGUUCGAAGCAAUCGACGAGGUGGGAGUAUGAUUCGUGGAUGUGUUAACUUAGGGGUCGUUAUUUAAUUGUUACUAACAAAAGAAUGCCUGAAUCAAACCUGGAUUCCGUGUCGGGGUGUCGUGUUCCAGGGAAUGUAACGGAAAAGCGAUGAGAAGCGAUCGCUUCUCGAAACUGUGAUAUUACUUGCGUAUUAAUUAAUCGUCGAUUCAACAAGAAACUGUCGAACCAUGAUAAAAACGAAACAGUUGUUUUAUUUCAUCCCUAUUCCCUUCUAUCCUUGUACAAUAAACGCAUAUUGCAAUUUUCUAAUCA